GCAUGGAGAAUAUAUGGUCAUCAUAUUCUCAAAUUCGCUGUGAUGUGUAAUCUUUUGGUACCAAAGAUUCACAUAUGCAUUUGCAUUUCAUAAGAUGCUUCCUAUUCUCAAGAUUUAAACCAACUUGAAAUAUUUUGGUACCAAGAUUAAUCUAUCAAAUGUUUCGGAGGUUAUAAGAAUUGCAUUAGCAUUGACGGCGCCGACGUGCCCCAAAGUUGUAGGAGCAGAUCCUCACCAUUGAUUCAUAGUUUUCUCCAUGUAUAACUUUCAAAAUCCGGGCAUUGCACAUUGUAUUGUUCUCUGGAUUCGCGAAGUAUUCUCUCCUAAUGAACGUAGCCGCUCGGAUUCCAGAGGAUUAGAAUAAGCUGUAGUAUUUGUCUUCUUUGACCCUUGAGCGAGAUAGGACCUGAACCUAUUAUUCGGAUUAAGCUUUAUGAAUCGGAAUAUAUAUUUUUUGGGCUAAAUCCCUCUCAGCCCACAAAUUGUGAAGGCCAGAAUCAGCCCGGUGGCAUCCAAUUCUCAUCUGGGUCUCCUAUAAAUUCCGCGGAAGAAUACCAAUUUGGGUGUGAGAAGAUAUUUGAAUUCAUUCUCCAGGUGGAUUUGUUUUAUUUUCUCUUUCUGUAGCAAAGUCAAUCAAGAUGGUGUUCUAUUUCAAGGCCAGGCCCGAGGCAGGGGAUUACACCAUUUACAUGGGUCUUGACAAACAUGAAAAUGAAGAGCUCAUCAAAUAUGGCAUCCCCGAGGAUAUUUGGUUCCAUGUGGAUAAGCUUUCUUCAGCACACGUAUAUGUGAGAAUGCACAAGGGUCAGACAAUAGAUGAUAUCACAGAACCACUUCUGGAAGAUUGUGCACAACUAGUGAAGGCAAACUCCAUCCAAGGAAAUAAAACCAACAAUCUUGAUGUUGUGUAUACUCCUUGGUCCAAUUUACGGAAAACUGCAUCCAUGGAUGUUGGACAAGUUGGCUUCCAUAACCCCAAGAAUGUCAGAACUGUCAGAGUUGAGAAGCGUAUCAAUGAAAUUGUGAAUCGUUUGAAUAAAACAAAAGUUGAGCGGAAGCCUGACUUGAAAGCUGAACGAGAAGCUAUGAAUGCUGCAGAAAGAGCAGAGAGAAAAGUUCAGCUUAGGGAAAAGAAACGGCGUGAGGAGUUGGAACGUCUUGAAAAAGAGAAGCAGGCAGAAAUAAGAAGCUACAAAGGACUUAUGGUUGCAGAGAAAAUGACCUCUAAUAAGGAUAUUGCAUCAGGGAGCAAGUCUCUUCAGGAGUUGGAAGAAGAUUUCAUGUGAUGGUACCUUAAGGAAGCAGCAUAUAUAGUGACCUAUGGCUGAGUUUAUAUUACUUUGUUUGUUCUGAAAUAUUGUCCCCCAUGCGAGGAAACAUCUGAGGUAGAUCAUAUCCAGUUUUGUUGUCGUCCACUAAGUGAGAUCAAGCCAGUAAGAGCUGGUUGCAGGUUCUUCUGCAAAUAGCUAAAUGGAGCUAAAACCUAGUUCUGAGUAUCGUAGCUGCCAUUUGCAAAUCCUGAAGCAAAUAGAGGCAUGUUUUCUCCAUGGUAAUUUGCUGUCAGUGGUUGUAGGCUACAGAUGUUUUAGGCAAACUAGCAAUGAGAGGGUUCUGCUUGGUCUUUUAGAAUGUGCUUUACUAUUUCUGUUUCAUUAGCACUGUUAUGGAUUAUAUAUUAAAAUGCUCCUAUGGUGAAUUCUGGUCAAGAAAAAUAAAUUUCUUUGAUUCAGUGGCAUUCAUCUUUAUUCCACAUUAUUCAAGUUGGGCCUAUAUAUUCUAAAUUUUGUCCAUCGUCAUUCCUCUAUA